AUGGCUGAGCUAGAGCCCUGGUGGCUGCAAUCCAUUGUCGAUGAGACGCUCGUGGAGCAUCCUGACGUGGUGCGAACUGGGAGCCCUGACUACAUGUGCUCAGUGUUGCCUCAGCACUGGCGGUCGAACAAGACGUUGCCGGGCGGUUUCAAGGUGGUGGCCCUCGGAGAAGUACUCGACGGUACGUUGGUCACUGUCCGCGCCGGGAAUGACGAGAACAUCACCGCAGAACUGAGAAAUAACACCGCCGUUAUGAAGAACAGAGUAGCUAAAUUCAAUGACUUGAGGUUCGUCGGAAGAAGUGGGAGAGGAAAGAGCUUCUCGUUAACAAUUACGAUAUCUACGUCACCGCCUCAAGUAGCUACGUACCAAAAAGCUAUCAAAGUGACCGUAGACGGACCACGGGAGCCUCGCUCCAAAACUAGUACAAAUGUGCCGACGCACAGAACGAUCGACUUCCAUCGGCAGUUCAUCUCUUGUCCGCCGUUACCCCUACGUGACGAGUACAAGAAUCCGACCACGAGGAACCUUCGAACACUCUCGCACGAGGAGAGGGAAUACAAAACCAAUGCCAGCAUACCUAUCGGAGAGAGCAGUGGUAAUAUUCUGGGUGCAAGUGAAUGGAAUACUGGCUACCCGUCAACGCCGAGUGUUUAUCCAACUUACGGAACUCUACAACCUCCCUACUACAAACCUGAGCCAACUAUACACAUACCUACAGUAUUACCGGAAAUGCCGCUCUGUCAUACGGAUUACGGCGGCUUCCAGACGGGUACUACAAGCUUUAAAGGCAGCCAGAGCGGAUCUGCACCUGCGUUAACAGAUCUCAAUACAACCCCGUUGGCUGGCCAUACAGCUACAGCAAUGCCAACACAGACCCGAUGCGAACCUAACUAUUACAACUCCUGGCCCGCGAACACAUACAAUUAUAACAACUACCAAUACAACAACAUCAACAACAACCCCACCUGCUUACAAUCACACACGCCAUACAUCAAUCCAAAUCCACAAAUGAUCCUUCCCAACCUAUACUCAACCGUAAACCAAAAUCAAAUCCACGUCCAUUUGCACAGCUCUGCCGACAAAAACAUCGAACAGUACAUCCCUAGCGAAAUAAAAAUAAGCGAUAUUGAUGGCGGCAUUUCUAUAACAACAGAGCUGCAAGGUGCGGGCGAAGCAAGUGGUCUUGUGCAGACUUGCGAAGCGACCGAUGAUGUUAAGCACGGACUUUAUGGUGCUUCAAAUCAAGAAGUAUGGCGGCCCUAUUGA